CAAAAACAAAUACACAGCCUUUUGUGUGUUUUGAGGUUGUGGAGGGAUUUACGCGGAGUCGGCCGUUGUGGUAAUCCAACCUCUAGGUGGGCCAUAAAGAAAACGUGGGGCGCCCUUGGAAUAUGGAUUGGAAAAGGAAGCCCAAACGACACUUGCUGUAAGGAUAGGAAUCAUAGGAUAAAUCCGUAAUUAAAGCCCGGGACAUUGACUCCACCUUUGUUUCACUCCAAUUUGGCUUCUUAUAAGAAUUUGCAACGGCGUAGAGCCCUGCGUUCAGACGCCUCGCCACGGAUUUUGUUCAAGUGGGACAGCCCAAACCACUCCCUCACUCACUUUGCAUUUGGAACUCUCUGGGGUUUUAAUUUUCUCGGUUUCUUCUUUUUCUUCUUUUCGUUUUCCUUGUUGUAUGGAAUUCAUUUUCCAGGCAAAACAGGGAGAUGGGGAAGUCGUUCAUUGACUCUCUGAAAUUGCUUGAAGCAGAUAUUCAGCAUGCAAAUACCCUUGCUUUGGGUCAUCCAAGGGAGAAAGAUGGAGCCUGCAUUCAAAUGAGACUGUCAUACUGUCCAGCUGCCCGCUUAUUUCUUUUUCUUGUUCAGUGGACUGAUUGUAACCUUGCUGGUGCCCUUGGAUUGCUGAGAAUUCUUAUUUAUUUGACUUACUCCGAUGGCAAGACCACCAUGUCUAUUUAUGAAAGGAAAGCAAGCAUUAGAGACUUUUAUGCGGUGAUAUUUCCUUCUUUACUGCAACUUCAAAGAGGGAUCACAGAUUUGGAUGAUAGGAAACAGAAAGAGUUAUGUGCUAAGAAGUAUAAAAGAAGGGAUGACGGAUUAGAGAAGAGAAAACUCUCCGAAGCUGAACUAGAAUGGGAAGAAGACUGUGGUAUUUGCAUGGAGAUGAAAAGCAAAGUUGUAUUGCCCAACUGUGGCCAUUCAUUGUGCUUGAUGUGCUAUCGGAACUGGCGUAAUCGGUCUCAGUCAUGCCCCUUUUGUCGGGAUUGCCUCAAAAGGAUGAACUCAGGUGACCUUUGGAUAUACACAGAUAACACUGAUAUUGUCGAUUUAACCUAUAUCAUGAGAGAGAACUUAAAAAGGCUGUUCAUGUACAUAGAUAGAUUGCCUCUCGUCAUUCCAGAUCCUGUAUAUGUUCCCUAUGAGUCUCAUCUCGGGUGAGAGCUUAUUCAUGGGCUCUAUGAACAGUCUUUAUAUAGGAAACCUAGCUGUAUAUUUGUCCCACGUGAACAAUACACAAAUUCACAUUGGAAACAACAAUGCCUCUCUGUUGGCCUCA